AGUGAUCAUAUGUUUUUCUCUUGAAAAAAAGUUGAUCAGUUAAUUAAUUAACGAAUGAUUUUUAUCUAAUCAAUUUAAGUGAACCUUUUUUCGACAUUUAUACAACAAUUAGUUGGUCAAAUUGAUCCAGUGAUUAAAGUUUUCUGAUUAUCGCUGAUAUUGUAGAUUGGUUUUCACACUCAGAAAACAUUAAGUCUUAGCCAACAAUUAACUUUAACUGGUAACUUUUGACUUUGUGUACUUUUAAUUGUUACUAUCAACAUGAGUGAUUUAAGAUUUAAACUCAAUCGUAUCUCACCUUAUACUCUUGAUCUUGGUGAGGGUCCACAUUAUGAUGAAUUAACUGAUCGUUUAUAUCAUGUCGAUAUAAUUAAAGGUGAAUGUUAUUGGCUCGAUACGAAAACGGGAUCAUUUGAGUGUUUCAACUUUGAUUCUGGACUUUCGUUGAUUGUGCCGAUAGAAGGUCAAGAAAAUAAGUUUAUCAUCAGUCAAAAUCAAUCGCUUGUUAAAUUAGAUUUGUCAACGAAAAAACUAGAACCAAUUGGAUCGGUUGACUCAGGAAGAGACACUCGAAUCAAUGACGGUAAAUGUGACCCUAAAGGUAGACUUUGGUUUGGUACAAUGAACUGGGAACGGAAACCAGGUCAAUUCGCUCGUGGUCUUGGUAACCUUUAUACUCUUGAUUGCGAUGGUCAGAUAUCUUUGAAACAAGACAAUGUAACGAUUUCCAAUGGAUUGGCCUGGUCAAGUGAUAAUCGAACCUUUUAUUACAUUGACUCAGUUGAACGUCAAGUUUGGGCUUAUGAUUAUGAUCUUCAAACGGGAGACAUAAGUAAUCGUAAAGUUUGUGUUGACUACAAACUAUUGUCUAGUUUCGUUGACAAUGAAGUUCCCGAUGGUAUGACGAUUGAUUUACAUGAUAAACUUUGGGUCGCUUCAUUUAAUGGCAAAAAAGUGACUCGAUUUGAUCCAGAAACAGGAAAAGUUCUUGGUAUCGUUGAGACUCCUUCAAGUAAGACCACAUCGGCUACAUGGGGAGGAAAUGAUUUCAGGACACUUUUUGUGACAUCAGCUACUCAUGGGGCUUCAGCUGAUCAACUCCUCGGUGAACCGGAUGCUGGUGCUGUUUUUAAGGUCACAUUUGACCAAGAAAAUAUCCGUGGAUCAGUCAAUCAAUCAUUUAAAUUUCAAUGAUGGGUUGGUGUUUAACAAGAUGGCCGAAUAUCGAUUAAAAGUAAUUUUUGUCAUUCAAGACUUUAUUUACAUUUCAAUAAAUGGUCACUUUUAAAAUAAAAUUGAUGAUUAGAAUCAUCGAUUGGCACUAA